AUUCCUUCGUUCCUUCGAUUGAAAUCUUGUAUUGAUGUUGUAUUUGUCAUGAUUUGAAAUCUUUGACUGUAUUACCUAAAAAAACACCUCAUUCGGUUUCUUCUUGGGAACUCCAUUUUCCUAUCAACUUAUAUUUGUCUGCUUAACUUUAGACUACAGGUUUAGACUAAUUCGACUUUCCUUUUUCUUUAACACACAUCCAUCCAUCAUAGUAAAUCACUCAAGUUAUCUAUAUCAACUCACACUCGUUCUGUACCAUCCAUCGAUCUCAAAUCGAACGGAGGUGAUCGAGGUUGAUGCAGCUGAUUAGCUUCAAGCAUAUCAAAACAACAUAAAAAUAACUCGCAAGUCAAACAAGCAGAUUGGUGAUUUUCCUGAAGCCUAUCAGUUCUCUUCAAGUUAUCAUCCUAAAUCAUUCAGUUUGAGAAUUGAUUAUCUUCAAACUUUGAAAAAGAUCGUAUAUUAUUUGAAGACUUUUCAUUUCGUUCCCUUUCUCGGACUUCAUCUGUUCAACACUCCUCGUAAUCAGUUUCGAUUCUGUUGUUCGAGCUUGCACACUUGCCAAAACAAUUCAACAUUCAUCUAUCAACAAUACAUUUUAUCAAUUUAUCAGUGACAUCGAUUCUUUCUCUCUGUUCCGGCAUCAUCUAGCUACUCUGUGGUAGAAUAUCGGCAUCAGGGUUCAUCAGCUUUUUCAAUACCUGCUCAACCAGCACUUGCUUCUCUUAAACCUGUGAAAGCCGUUCACGUCAUGUCGAGAUCUCGCUCGUCUUCUUCGAUUCCAGCACGCUAUGGCCUUCGCACCAUGCUGUUACUAUCAAUCAUCUUCAUCUCAAUUUCGGAAAAGGCUGAAGCUCAAGCCAUUCGGUCUGGUCAGACCCCCAACACAUUUGAGAUCGUUGGAAAUUCAGGUGCAUCAGCCCAGCAAAUGUUUCUAGGUUCCCCGACCAAAGUUUAUGUGAUUGACAAGGUAGAAAACAAUGAGAUGAAAAUGGACGGAUUGCCCGUUUGGGGUACCUCAUAUGAUACCGAAACCAACCAAGCAACUCCGAUGAAAAUUAACAGCAACACGUUCUGUGCUGGUGGCAAUGUCCUGGGGAAUGGUACAUGGCUGAAUGUCGGUGGAAACCAGCCGAUUACUUACGGCGGUACGAACCUCGUUGCCAAUGCCAAUCCAUACCGAAAUGCCGAUGGUGGUCGGUCGAUCAGGUUGUUAAAUCCGUGCAACGACGACUCAUGUGCCUGGACCGAGACUCAAGCCAUGACUACUCGUCGUUGGUACCCAACUCUCGAAACACUUGAGGAUGGAUCAAUCAUCAUCAUUGGUGGUGAUGAUUGGGGUGGAUACGUCAAUGACAAGGGACAGAACAAUCCCACCUAUGAAUUCUUCCCUUCGAAAGGGAACGUAACAGGUCUCAACUUAUUGACAACCACAUUACCUGCUAAUCUUUACCCGUUGACUUGGCUCUUGCCCUCUGGAAAUCUUUUCAUCAACGCCAACCUGGGCAAUGCAAUCCUCAACUACAAAUCCAAUGUAGAAUUCAAUCUUCCGAAUACUCCACAUUCGGUUCGAACUUAUCCUGGAUCUGCUGCUAAUGCAAUGUUGCCAUUAACACCCGCCAACAACUGGACCGCCACUAUUGUUUUCUGUGGGGGUACUAAUUUGCAACCCGAUCAAUGGGUAACAAACUGGAACAUUGCCGCGUACCCGGCUGAUGGAUCAUGUGUGACGAUCACACCCGAUGUCGACACAGCGUGGCACGAUGAUGACCCCAUGCCCGAAGGCCGAUCGAUGGGCAAUUUCGUCUUCUUACCUGACGGGCGACUAUUCUUGUUGAACGGGAUCGCCAAGGGUACUGCGGGUUACGGGAAUACUAGUUGGGCGUUGGGUCAAAGCUUUGGCGAUGCUCCAUUAUAUGAAGCAGCUUAUUAUGAUCCCUAUGCCCAGAGUGGAUCAAAAUGGUCAAGACCAGCGGAUCUCAAACCUAACACCAUCGCUAGGAUGUACCACAGCGCAGCUCUUCUCUUACCCGAUGGUUCGCUAAUGUCGGCAGGAUCCAAUCCUAACGUUAAUGUCCAGUACUACACCGAAUAUCGGGUCGAGCGAUUCUACCCCGAUUACUAUAACUCUCCUAGACCUCAGCCCAAGGGAGUACCCACGUCCAUCUCGUACGGUGGUCAAUACUUUGACAUUACAUUGAGUCAAUCGGAUAUCAGUGCCCAAAACGCCAUCGAAGAAACCAAAGUCGUCCUUGUCAGGCCAGGAUUCUCAACCCAUGCUAUUAACAUGGGCCAGCGGUACAUUCAGCUCAAUUCCACCUAUGAACUUCAGGGUGAUGGUUCAGUAAUUCUCCAUGUUUCACAACUGCCACCAAAUCCUGCGAUCCUUGCACCUGGUCCAGCCUUCUUGUUUGUGGUUGUUCGUGGUGUUCCUUCGAUCGGACAGAUGAUCAAUGUAGGAAACGGUCAAAUCGGAGAACAGCCUGUGGCACCUAAUUCACCUGCACCUGGAAUCAUCCCGUCCAUUGUUAAGAAUACACAGACUUAUAAUGCUGUCAGCACAGGUAACACGGCUGCGGCAAGCAGUACGGCCGGUUCGGCUGCCAAGAAGAAAUCUGCUGCUGUAUCAUUCACUCGACAGACUGGAAUGAUCCUACAACAGAUGGGUCUCUUAGCUUGCUUGAGCACAUUAUUCAUCUUGAUUAUUUAAUCUGAAUCUAGUAUUGAAAUAAUCAUGGGAUGUGGAGACCUGAAAUUAGGUCCAAGAUUUUAAUUUUAUUCAGGCUUGACAUUUAUCAAAUUGAAAAUAAACAGACAUUACAUACAAUUAUGCAAUUCCCACUUUCCAAUCGGUUAUCAUUGGUUGGCUAGUUGAGCUUAUCAGUUUGAUGGCCGACUUAUCUUACUUUUUAUUUACAUUGAUUUUUCCCUAUGUGUUCAAGAUUUAAUCAACAGGCUUUUUAUCUUGCAGAAUUGAUACAUUGAGAGAGAGAGAGAGAGAGAUAAAGACACAUUUUCAUUUUUUUUUGGUUUUUUUCUUUGGUUUUUUUUUGGAAUCUUGACUCCAUUUCAUUCGUUCUACCAUUACAUUAUAUACUAUAUACAUUACUUUAUUUUUUUCGAAAUCGGUUAAUGUCCUUUUUUCUCUUUUGUCUCUGUCAACUUACCUUGCUUUUUUUCCUUAUCAAUCCUUAAAAUACAAUAUUCAAGAUAUUUUUUGUGUUAUGGUUUUUUGUUUUUACAAGUUCAUACCAUGGGUUUGGUUAUUUUUUAUCUUUUUGCUGCAAUCUUAUUUCAAAGUUAUUUUUCAU